GUGGGCAAGGGCAGUAGGAAGUUUCUGCUGGGGUCUGGAUUUGGAGCUCCAGAGUUGGAUCGGCCCCGUAUGACCCCAACCUAAGAACAAAAGAGACCCCAAAGAGUCUACAUGUCUAAUAUUUAGACAUGUUCAGCUUUGUGGAUUCUCGGUCACUGCUGUUGAUAGCAGCGACUGUACUACUCACCCGCGGGCAAGGAGAAGAAGACAUCCAGACUGGAAGCUGCAUACAGGAUGGGCUAACGUACAACGACAAGGAUGUGUGGAAACCAGAACCCUGCCAGAUCUGCGUCUGCGACAGCGGCAACAUCCUCUGCGAUGAGGUGAUCUGCGAGGACACCUCCGACUGCCCCAACGCCGAGAUCCCCUUCGGAGAAUGCUGCCCCAUCUGUCCCGACACCGACGCCUCCCCUGUCUACCCAGAAAGCGCUGGAGUAGAGGGUCCUAAGGGAGACACCGGCCCCAAAGGAGACAGGGGACUCCCCGGCCCCCCUGGCAGAGACGGCAUCCCCGGACAGCCCGGCCUCCCGGGGCCCCCCGGCCCCCCCGGCCCCCCAGGCCUCGGCGGAAACUUCGCUCCUCAAAUGUCCUAUGGCUACGACGAGAAAGCCGGAGGCAUGGCUGUGCCCGGCCCCAUGGGUCCCGCUGGCCCCCGCGGUCUCCCUGGCCCUCCUGGUGCUCCUGGUCCUCAAGGUUUCCAAGGUCCCCCCGGUGAACCCGGAGAGCCCGGUGCUUCUGGUCCCAUGGGUCCCCGUGGUCCUGCUGGCCCCCCUGGCAAGAAUGGAGAUGAUGGUGAAGCUGGGAAGCCCGGACGCCCCGGAGAGCGUGGCCCCCCCCGGCCCCAGGGUGCCCGUGGUCUCCCAGGAACUGCCGGUCUGCCGGGCAUGAAGGGUCACAGAGGCUUCAGUGGUCUGGAUGGUGCUAAGGGUGAGCCUGGUCCUGCUGGCCCCAAGGGUGAACCUGGCAGCCCAGGAGAGAACGGAGCCCCAGGGCAGAUGGGUCCUCGUGGUCUUCCUGGUGAGAGAGGCCGUCCCGGUCCCUCUGGCCCUGCUGGUGCUCGUGGUAACGAUGGUGCUCCCGGUGCUGCCGGUCCUCCCGGUCCCACUGGCCCCGCUGGUCCCCCUGGCUUCCCCGGUGCUGCUGGUGCUAAGGGUGAAACCGGUCCCCAGGGUGCUCGUGGCAGUGAAGGUCCUCAGGGUGUCCGUGGAGAGCCUGGUCCCCCCGGCCCUGCUGGCGCUGCUGGUCCUGCUGGCAACCCCGGUGCUGACGGUCAACCUGGUGCCAAGGGAGCAACCGGUGCUCCAGGCAUUGCAGGCGCUCCCGGCUUCCCCGGUGCACGAGGCCCCUCUGGACCUCAGGGUCCCAGCGGUGCCCCCGGCCCCAAGGGUAACAGCGGUGAACCCGGCGCUCCAGGCAGCAAGGGAGACACUGGUGCCAAAGGCGAACCCGGCCCUGCUGGUGUCCAAGGUCCCCCCGGCCCAGCCGGUGAGGAAGGCAAGAGAGGAGCCCGUGGUGAGCCCGGCCCCGCUGGGCUGCCCGGCCCCGCCGGUGAACGGGGUGCUCCUGGCAGCCGUGGUUUCCCCGGUGGUGAUGGCAUUGCUGGCCCCAAGGGUCCCCCCGGCGAGCGCGGCUCCCCUGGCCCCGUUGGCCCCAAAGGAUCUCCUGGUGAAGCCGGACGCCCUGGGGAGCCUGGUCUGCCCGGUGCCAAGGGUCUGACUGGAAGCCCUGGGAGCCCUGGUCCCGAUGGCAAGACUGGUCCCCCCGGUCCCGCUGGUCAAGAUGGGCGCCCCGGUCCCCCCGGCCCCCCUGGAGCCAGAGGUCAAGCCGGUGUGAUGGGUUUCCCUGGUCCUAAAGGUGCUGCGGGUGAGCCUGGCAAACCCGGUGAGAGGGGAGCUCCGGGUCCCCCCGGCGCUGUGGGUGCUGCUGGCAAGGAUGGUGAAGCCGGUGCCCAGGGUCCCCCCGGCCCUACCGGUCCCGCUGGAGAAAGAGGUGAACAAGGUCCUGCUGGUGCUCCUGGCUUCCAGGGUCUGCCGGGCCCCGCUGGCCCCCCCGGUGAGGCUGGCAAGCCUGGUGAGCAGGGUGUCCCCGGAGACGCCGGUGCCCCCGGUCCCGCAGGUGCCAGGGGCGAGAGAGGAUUCCCUGGAGAACGUGGUGUCCAAGGCCCCCCCGGUCCCCAAGGUCCUCGUGGUGCUAACGGUGCUCCCGGUAACGAUGGUGCUAAGGGUGAUGCUGGUGCUCCCGGUGCCCCCGGGAACCAAGGCCCCCCCGGUCUGCAGGGUAUGCCCGGAGAGCGCGGUGCUGCCGGCCUGCCAGGCGCCAAGGGGGACAGAGGUGACCCCGGUCCCAAAGGUGCUGAUGGUGCUCCUGGUAAAGAUGGUCUCCGAGGUCUGACGGGUCCCAUCGGCCCUCCCGGCCCCGCUGGUGCUCCCGGUGACAAGGGUGAAGCUGGUCCCCCGGGUCCUGCUGGUCCCACUGGUGCCCGUGGUGCUCCCGGUGACCGUGGCGAGCCCGGCCCCCCCGGUCCUGCUGGAUUUGCUGGCCCCCCCGGUGCCGAUGGCCAGCCUGGUGCUAAAGGUGAAACUGGUGAUGCUGGAGCCAAGGGUGAUGCCGGCCCCCCCGGCCCUGCUGGCCCCACUGGUGCUCCUGGCCCUGCCGGUGCUGUUGGUGCUCCCGGUCCCAAAGGUGCUCGCGGUAGUGCUGGACCCCCUGGUGCUACUGGUUUUCCUGGUGCUGCUGGAAGAGUCGGACCCCCCGGCCCCUCUGGGAACAUUGGCCUCCCCGGCCCCCCCGGCCCCAGCGGGAAGGAAGGUGGCAAAGGACCCCGCGGUGAGACCGGCCCCGCUGGCCGCCCCGGUGAGCCUGGCCCUGCCGGACCCCCCGGACCCCCCGGCGAGAAGGGAUCCCCCGGUGCUGACGGACCCAUCGGUGCCCCUGGCACACCCGGACCCCAGGGCAUCGCUGGGCAGCGCGGUGUCGUCGGCCUCCCCGGACAGAGAGGAGAGAGAGGUUUCCCUGGGCUGCCUGGCCCCUCGGGUGAGCCUGGCAAACAAGGUCCCUCCGGUUCUCCCGGUGAGCGAGGUCCUCCCGGCCCCAUGGGCCCCCCCGGCCUGGCUGGGCCCCCCGGUGAAGCUGGACGUGAGGGUGCUCCCGGUGCUGAAGGUGCCCCUGGUCGUGAUGGUGCUGCUGGUCCCAAGGGUGACCGUGGUGAGACCGGCCCUGCCGGCCCCCCUGGUGCUCCCGGUGCCCCCGGUGCCCCUGGCCCUGUCGGUCCUGCUGGCAAGAGUGGGGAUCGUGGUGAGACCGGUCCUCAAGGUCCCGCUGGCCCCCCCGGUCCUGCUGGUGCUCGUGGUCCUGCUGGUCCACAAGGUCCCCGUGGUGACAAAGGUGAAACUGGUGAACAGGGUGACAGAGGCAUGAAGGGUCAUAGAGGCUUCUCCGGUCUCCAGGGCCCACCUGGUCCUCCAGGCUCUCCUGGUGAACAAGGUCCUUCUGGUGCUUCUGGUCCUGCUGGUCCAAGAGGUCCUCCUGGCUCUGCUGGUGCUGCUGGCAAAGACGGUCUCAAUGGGCUGCCCGGUCCCAUCGGUCCCCCUGGCCCCCGUGGUCGCACCGGUGAUGUCGGCCCCGUUGGUCCCCCCGGCCCUCCUGGCCCCCCUGGUCCUCCCGGCCCCCCCAGCGGCGGCUUCGACUUCAGCUUCCUGCCCCAGCCGCCCCAGGAGAAGGCUCACGAUGGUGGACGCUACUACAGAGCCGAUGAUGCCAACGUGAUGCGGGACCGGGACCUGGAGGUGGACACCACCCUCAAGAGCCUGAGCCAACAGAUCGAGAACAUCCGCAGCCCGGAGGGCACCCGCAAGAACCCUGCUCGUACCUGCCGCGACCUCAAGAUGUGCCAUGGAGACUGGAAGAGCGGUGAAUACUGGAUUGACCCCAACCAAGGCUGCAAUCUGGAUGCCAUCAAGGUCUACUGUAACAUGGAGACAGGCGAGACAUGCGUCUACCCAACCCAGGCCACCAUUGCCCACAAGAACUGGUACCUCAGCAAGAACCCCAAGGAGAAGAAGCACAUCUGGUUUGGCGAGACAAUGAGCGAUGGUUUCCAGUUCGAGUACGGUGGUGAGGGCUCCAACCCCGCUGACGUUGCCAUCCAGCUGACCUUCCUCCGCCUUAUGGCCACCGAGGCCUCCCAGAACAUCACCUACCACUGCAAAAACAGCGUUGCCUACAUGGACCAGAACACUGGCAACCUGAAGAAGGCCCUUCUGCUGCAAGGCGCCAACGAGAUUGAGAUCAGGGCUGAAGGCAACAGCCGCUUCACCUACGGUGUCACCGAGGACGGCUGCACGAGUCACACCGGCGCCUGGGGCAAGACAGUCAUCGAGUACAAGACGACAAAGACCUCUCGCCUGCCCAUCAUCGAUUUGGCUCCCAUGGAUGUUGGCGCUCCAGACCAGGAAUUCGGCAUCGACAUUGGCCCCGUCUGCUUCUUGUAAACCGGACGCCCCACAUGUGACAGGAGAGAGUAAUAAUAAUGAUAAUAAUAAUAAAAACAGACAAAAAAAACAGCCAAAAAAAAAGGAGAAAAUUUCACAUGGACUCGAAUUUGUGUCAGUUUCUAUCCAGCGUCUCUAAAACUAUACCAGAAAAACUAAAAAAAAACCCCAAAAAGCAUUAAACCUCCCAAAAAAGAAUAAAAAAUAAAUGACUUUUCAAACCAAAUCACCAGGACGUGGGUUCGCUUUGCUUGCCCCCCCCCGGCCUUGGGUUCACCUCACCCAGCUGAGCCUCAUCUGGAGCACCGGGACCCCCUCAUUCCCCCGCAACCCCCUUUGCUUCUCGCAUCCCAUCAGCCUGUUCAUGUUCUCGCUGCAAGGAACACGCUCAGCCCUCGGUUCUGAUUCGCUGCUUGGGUAGGGGGGUUGCCCCUCUCCCCUUUCCCUUUGGUUCCUUUGGUUUUGGGUCCUUUUCUCUCUUUUUGCUUUGUUCCCAUUCAGGCAUCCCAAGCACUCGAGGGGAGCAGCCGCUGCCCCGGCGCCGCAGACCCGAACCCUCGCUCCGCACUCUCCUGUUCCGGAAGGCUACCUCACCGGGGUUAAAGAGCUGUUGCAGUCUGGGGGUAUUUUUGAGUCACUUUCAUGUAGUUUUAGCUUCGUUUCGGGUUGUUUUGGUGUUUUUCAGCUGUGCCGGGACUUUCCUGCCAGGUUCAGAGCAAAGGUGCUAAUUUCUCCUCUUUUGUUCCCACUUUCCUCUUGUUUUGUUGCUCUCUUGCUCUUUGAUGUCCGUUUUCCUCCGUUCAAGGUCUCAGGAGUCAGGAGGUUCCUCACCCCCAGGGUUUUUAGCCUGGGUUUUGGUUAAUCCUCGUUCAUUCCGGUCCCGAAACAGCCGAGCCUGGGGCCGCCUGGUGCUACCGCCUCCAUAGACUCACCUUGAUUUAUCCUCAUUCCCCUGUUUGAAUCUUUCCCCCUUUUCUUUGCUGUCCUGCUCCACUGGUGAGUCCUCUAAAGGUGCUAAUGAACCCCCAGCCCAUCCCACAAGCAAAGCCCGGAGCAAACGCAAAGUAGAGGCAGCGCAAGUCAAAGCCUUGAAAGGGAAUAAGGAAAACUGCACUUUCCAGGUUAAGCUCUUCAGCUCUGCUCUCAUCUUCCAGCAGCUUCCUCCCCAUCCCUGCAUCCAUCCAUCCCUGCAUCCAUCCAUCCCAUCUCUGCACCCCUAUGGGGCACGAACCCACAUUUCCAGGCGGAUGCUCGGGGAUCUCCCGGCUCUUUACCGUGUUUGUAUAAUGUAUAAUAAUUUGAGAUUGUUCUUUUUUUAAUGAUCUAUGAUUUUCUUUUUUGACUGCUGAAAUAAAGCAUGUGAAAUGAUCCGACCAA